CGCGGCGGCGCCUCCGCCCUUCCCUUCCCUUCCCUGCCCGCCGCCCGGCGCUGGUGGGGCGGCCGCCCCGGGAUCGCCGCGGUCCCCGGUGCCGGGAAGUUUGCCCGGCGCGCCAGGGAAGGAUGGAGCCUGGAGAGGCCGCGGCGGCGCCCCUCAACCUGUCCCGAGCCGCGGCAGAGACGCCCCGGGGGGAGUUCAACCUGUCCGGGCUGCCGGAGGCGGAGGGGAAGCCGCUCUUCGGCAUCGGCAUCGAGAACUUCAUCACCUUGAUCGUCUUCGGUUUAAUCUUCACCCUGGGAGUGCUGGGCAACACGCUGGUGAUCACGGUGCUGGCGAGGAGCAAGCCAGGCAAGCGCCGAAGCACCACCAACAUCUUCAUCCUCAACCUGAGCAUCGCCGACCUGGCCUACCUGCUCUUCUGCAUCCCCUUCCAGUCCACGGUCUACGUGCUCCCCACCUGGGUGUUGGGAGCCUUCAUCUGCAAGUUCAUCCACUACUUCUUCACCAUCUCCAUGCUGGUGAGCAUCUUCACGCUCUCAGCCAUGUCUGUGGACCGGUACGUGGCUAUCGUGCACUCCCGACGCUCCUCAGCCUUGCGCGUCCCCCGGAACGCGAUGCUGGGCGUGGGGCUCAUCUGGGCGCUCUCCUUCGCCAUGGCCUCGCCUGUGGCUCACCACCAGCGCAUCUUCCACCGCGAGACCAGCAACCAGACCUUCUGCUGGGAGUUCUGGCCCAACCCACGCCACAAGAAGGUCUACGUGAUCUGCACGUUCGUCUUCGGGUAUCUGCUCCCGCUGCUGCUCAUCUCCUUCUGCUACGCCAAGGUUCUUAAUCAUCUGCAUAAGAAGUUAAAAAACAUGUCAAAGAAGUCAGAAGCAUCCAAGAAAAAGACAGCACAGACUGUGUUGGUGGUGGUAGUGGUUUUUGGCAUCUCCUGGCUGCCUCAUCACGUGAUCCAUCUCUGGGCUGAAUUUGGAGUUUUCCCACUGACUCAAGCCUCCUUUCUCUUCAGGGUAACUGCACACUGCCUGGCUUACAGCAAUUCUUCUGUGAACCCAAUCAUAUAUGCAUUUCUGUCUGAAAAUUUUAGGAAGGCCUACAAACAAGUCUUCAAAUGCCAGAUUGGUAAUGAGUCACUUCUGAAUGAUGCUAAGGAAAAUAAAAGUCGGAUAGAUACACCACCCUCUACCAAUUGUACCCACGUGUGAAUGUUGAGAAGCCCUGUGUGUUGGCUCUUCCUUUAUGUAAACUAAACACCAAGAAAAAGAAAAAGCACAAUGAGCUUUAUCCUGGGUUUAUCUUGAUAAUGCUAAUUGGUAUUUAAUGUACUGAAGUUUCAUUUGUAACCAAAGUUUGUGAAACUCGUAUGAAAACAACCUGGGCUGAUCCUUUGCAUCUUAGAUAACUUUGUCAAAUAAAGCUCUUGGACUUUCAUAGAUAUUUGAGAAAAAAAAAAUGUUGAGAUGACAUGUCUGUAUUCUUACUCAGUAAUCAUACAAAGGUACAAGAAGAAGAUGUUGAUGUGGUAACUUGUGACAUCUUACUCCAUGAAAGUGAAAAAUGGAUACAUUUCCUGUCCUACAGAUAAUAAAUACUGGACUACUGUGAUUUCAAAGAGGAAAGCUUUUGUUCUCUCUUCAGAUUGUUUCAACAAUGCUUUUUUUUUUUUUUAAAGUAAACCUGGGCUCUGAUUUGGAGUUGGAAUAAGUUGUGUACACCUUGAGGCAAUUGCUUUAGAGUGGAAAUGCUAUUUCUAUCUGUUUAGCUGGUUUCAGUAUGUCUUACUGAGCAAAGAUGGAUUGGUUUUCCACUUAAUUUGGCUGCCUUACUGUAUGCACAAAACUUUUGUGAGCACUAUAUAGGGAUUUUUAAUGGCCUGUGUGUAAUUGUACCAAAAUGAGGAUUUGUGUCUAACUGAGGGAAGUUUCUCUUCAUGUGCUGCAUGUGCAUGUAUGUGUGUUUUCUUAAUUUCAUAGGCGUUGAGAUGGAGAUGCAGUUUUAAAAGUGCAUCUGUUUUAAAUUAUUAUGUUUCAUAAGGAAGCUCUAGGCAAUGUUUAAGGAUUUAAAGGUAGCAUUCCCUUAAAAGUCAUAGGUGGAGCUUGAUAUCAUGUAGUUUUAAACUGGAAAUAAAAAGAAGGUUGCGUUUAAAUUACUGCAAAGUACAAAAGGUAAAUGGUACAAUUCUGCAAAUUCUUAGAUAAAAUUAGUCAUUUCCACAAUUUUAUAACUUUACUUAAAAUGUCUUUAGGUGGUAAAUUGCUAAAGAAAUAAUGGAAAAACACUCCUUUAAAAACAUUCCUUUAGCUGGAGUAAGACAUGAUUUUACCUAUUUUUAUUAAUGACCCAUAGACUCAUAGAACAAAUCAAAUUAAAGGAACCUCUGGACAGGGAUAUCCCUCAAGUCAGGGACACCCUCAGUUGUGUCACUUCCUUGACUAGGCAAAAUCUGAAAAUUUCUAAGGAUGGCAAUUCAACAAUAAAUUUGGAGCAACCUGCGCUAGUGCCUAAUCACCCUCACUAAAAUAUUUCUCCUUAUCCACAGCUGGGAUUUCCCUUAAGGUAUCUUGUGACCACUGCUUUCUUCCCUUUCACUGUGUACUGAACUCUUUUCUCUAACUGACUAAUGUGCAAUUUUAGGAUGGCCAUUGAAUUUCCCCUCAGCCUUCCCUUCUGGAACCAUGCGCUGCCCUGAGCCUCUCCUCAGGUGCCUGGCUGGGUCAGUGGCCUUCCACUGCCCUUCCUCCAGCAUCUCCAUCCCUCUCAUGACCUGAGGUGUUCAAAAAUGAGCAGUGUGUUCCAGAUGUGGCCUCACAAGCACUGAGCAGGGUAAUUGCUUCUCUUGACCCAUUGGCUGGCCAUUGCUAAUACAGCCUAAUGUUAUCAUCAUUUAUGGCUGUAAGGGUACACUGCUGACUUAUAUUUGAUUACAAGCCUUCAAAUCCUUUUCUGCAGAUUUGCAUUGAGUCCCAGUCCAAGUGUCAGGACUUGGCUUUUGGCUUUCUGGAUCUUCAUGCAUUUGGUAGCUGUUUCUUCCACGUUUCCAGCUUACCAAGGGCCUUUGAAGGGUGUGCCUGCUCUCCAGAAUGCCCACCACUCCCCUAGGUUUGGUAUUGUGUGUAAAAUUGCUGAGAGAGUCCUGAAACCUUCUCCUGGUCUUUAAAGAUGCCAAGUGGUGUUGGCCAGAUGCUCUUUCAGAUUCUUUUUUCUCUACAGACUUGCUUUAAAAAAAAAAAAUUCAGAGUGGUGGAACUUCAACUAUGGAGACUUAGCUCAUAUAAAAAUAGCUAUGUUUAUGUAUCAGUAUUGUCUGCUUGGAAUCAGUAAAAUAAUAUCAAAGACAUGCUAUUGCAUGCAUGGUGUUUGUGUCCAUUCUUUCAUGUGAAGAGAUUAUUUGAUGGUAUUUCUAGGAACAAAAUUAUAAGUAUAUACAAAUAUAUAUUUUAAAAACCUCUCAAUUGGUAAAGAAGAGUUUAUCUAUGCAGGAAACCAUUUCCUGGGCUGGGACUGAGGUUUGGAGACAGUCUAGAAAGAAGUUCCCUUGAGUUUUGAGAUACUCAUCACCUCAAGCACUCAAAUUAUUAAAACAUUUUCAAACUUCAGCUGAAAUUACAACAUUUUAGGAAAUUCCAUGAUUUUGAAAAUCAUAUUUUUAAUUUUUAAAAAUUGCUAUUAUAUUAUUUUGAAUAAAAAUUGAAAUGUAAACAUAUAAUUGUAUUAAAAAAUUAUAAUGACAAGCUGAUUUUACUGUUUCAUCUGGAGAAGAUUUUUUUCCUUAAUUGUACAUAAUUUUAAACCUUGGUGCUUGAUAGUAAUGGAGCUACGUCUGUCUGAAAGUUUUAGGAUGAGCAAGUGGGAGGGAAGGGAUUUCUGUAACAACUAUUUAGAAAGGUCCCACCUUGUUCCUGGUAAAUGUUAGUAAAACUUCUACCUGACUUUUCAGACAAACCUUAAGAGGCAGCUGACACUCUAAGGCUCAGUUUCCUUCCUGGAAGAUGCCUUUGUUGGUCUGUGUCUCUAGUGUGACUUUGUCACACUCAGCUGUGACACGAAGGUUCUGAAUACAGCAGCAAUGUUAAUGUGUGCUCUGAACUGUGUCCAACCCUAUACCCUUGGUCAGCAAGGUGUCCUGCCAAUUUGGGUAGAAAAUCAGGGAAUGUAUGCCAAGAUCCCCUGCAACUGAGUGUUUGCUUCCAGUUCUGAGCUUGUUGGCAGGGAUUGUGGUUUCUGGUGAAAAGCAAAGCAAAAGUUUCACCUCAUUGACUGGCUUAGUAUGCUAUUUUACGUCUUUUUCUAACCAGAAAGGUUGAUUUCAAUGUACAUGAAGGAAAGGAAAAGAUAUAUAUUUCUCUGGCUAGGCCUGAGGAAAUAAUCCCACGGAAUUCCAUCCAUUGUGUGAAUUUGAAAAUGUAACGCCACACUAAACAAAAUGGGUAACAGGAGUGUUUACUCAGAUUCCUCUCAAACUAAGACACUGCAGCAGGUUUCUAACAAGGUUUGCAUUUUAUACAUUACAUUUUCUGCUUUGCAUCACUUUUGCCUAAAAAAGAUACAGAAAUCUCCUUAAAAGAGCUAAAGAAAUUAUUCUACCAGGGCUCUUAGUGCCAAGUUUGCCCUGCCAGAUUGUGAGUAGUGUGUUUGAGGUAUUAUACAAAAGAUUACAGCAGUGCUUUUCUUCCUCUAAUAAAAACCAAAAUACAGUUCCAAGAUAUGUGUGGACCCAGAUGCACACUGUGCACUGUUAUAUAUAAAUCAGAUUUAGGAUCCAUCCUUUAGCCAAAGAUUUCCUUUAGCCAAAAAAAACCCAAUUAAAUGGCACUUGGCUAACAUACUCUUGAGUAUGUGCAAACAUACAGUAAAAUGAAGGAACUUGUGUAACUUUUAUGCUCAGCUGUACUACUUCACAGGUAAUUGUGUUGUCCACUUACAACAUUUUCAAGAAAGGAAUCUUACUAGUUGCAAGUGAAGCUGACACUUAAUUGCUGCUUCUGAGUAAUUAAGCUACACUGUUCUCAGUCACAAUAUGUACUAAACAUAUGUAGUAAUGUAAUCAUUCAUAAUUGCCUUAAAUUCUUGUAUCAAAAAAUGUACAAUUUCUUCAAAAUUUUUGAAUGUCUAUGGUUGGUAACAAAAUUUUAUGCUGUAAUAAAUUACAAAGAUAUGCCCAAAUUGGCUGAAAAUAUAUGUAAAAAAUAUUAUGACUGUAUAAGGAGCAAACUUAAAUUUUGUAGUUGACCAUUUUUAAGUUAUGGUCUUUUGAACUUUGUAUUGCCUUUUACUUUGAGUGCAUGCAUCUCUUCCUUCAAGCCUUAAUUUUAUUAUUUUCAUAAUUGAUUAGAUUUCCAUUUUCAAAAAAUAAUGUCACUAUCUCCAAGAGGUAAACAUUAAGCUUUAUAUAUUUAAUGUUGCAGUGAAAGAAAUUUAUUCUGUGAAUACAUUAUUUUAUUACGUUAUCUUCAAGGUUGCUUCACAGUGUGAUGUGACACAUUGAACCUAAUGAUAUUUGUGGUAUUUUGAGAAACAAGGACAGCAGAGAAAAGAACAGCAGAGAAAAGAACAGCAGAGAAAAGAACAGCUUGUAUUUUACAGAGCUUGUGUUAGUGUUGUUUUCAGUACAUGGGCAAAUGUCAAAGACUAAAAAAUUAAAAAAUUGUGUUUGUUUCAAUGUGUA